CCGCCCGCGCCUGCGCGGCGCCGCCCCCGGCACUGGGCGGGAAGCGGCGGCGCCAUGGGCGGCAGGGAGCUGGGCGGCAGGGUGCUGCCCGGCACCCCCAUCGCCGUGGACUUCUGGAGCGUGCGGCGGGCGGGCGGCGCGCGGCUCUUCUUCCUGUCGCACAUGCACGCGGACCACACGGCCGGGCUGUCCAGCACCUGGCGCCGGCCGCUCUACUGCUCGCCGCUCACCGCCCGCCUGCUGCACCACCGCCUGCAGGUGCCGCGGUGCUGGAUCCGGCCGCUGGAGGUGGGGCAGAGCCACGCGCUGGGCGAGGAGGUGACGGUGACGCUGCUGGACGCCAACCACUGCCCCGGCGCCGUCAUGUUCCUCUUCGAGGGCGCCUUCGGCACCAUCCUCUACACAGGGGAUUUCCGCUACGCCAGCGCCAUGCGGCACGAGCCGGUGCUGAGGGGCCGCCGCAUCGACCGCCUGUACCUGGACACCACGCACUGCCGCCCGUGCCAGCCCCUGCCCUCGCGGAGCUGCGCCGCCCGCCAGGCCGCACGCCUCAUCCGCGCGCACCCGUCCCACCGCGUGGUGGUCGGUGUGUACAGCCUGGGGAAGGAGGCGCUGCUGGUGGAGCUGGCGGUGGAGUUCGGCACCUGGGUCGUGGUGAGCCCCUCGCGCCUGGAGGAGAUGCGGCUGCUGGAGAUGCCCAACGUGUUCACUGCCGAGGAGGGGGCCGGCUGGAUCCGCGCGGUGGACGUCGCCGAGAUCCGCCGGGACACCCUCGUCAGCUGGAACACGACGCAUCCUACCAUUGCUAUCCUCCCCACCGGCAGGCCCGUGAAGAUCACCCACCCCAACAUCUUCCCCAUCCCGUACUCGGAUCACUCGUCCUUUUCAGAGUUGUGCGAGUUUGUGAAGUGGUUGAAACCCUGCUCGGUCAUCCCACUUGUUAGGGACGACAUGUGCCAGGCUUACUUUCAGAAAUACCUAAGUUCUGACCACCAGCCACUUCCUGACCUCAAAAUCCCAAAGCCUGUGCAAGAGUCUUUGCAGCAGCAAAGCAAAACAAAGACACGGAGGACUGUGUGCCAGCAAGCUCUUUUCAAGAGACACUCUGUGUCCCAAGGAGUUGUCUACGAGUCCCCAGAAAAACAUACUGAGGAGUUUGAUGGGCCAAGGGGCAUUAAGGUUCCUCAGCAGAACUUCUGUGCAUCAGCUUUCUGCUCCAAAGAAGGUUGUACUGGUUGUCACAUGUCCAAGGAAAAAGGGAAGGAAGAACAGAGUGGAGAACAGUCAGGAGUAGCAAUAGCAGCUGGCGCUGUUAGACAGUCGCCUGUUUCUGAUGAGCACGUUCCAAGUGGGUUUGCAGAGUCGUAUUUACUCGUUCCUUUAAAUGUCUUAAAGUGGAAUUCCUCACAGAAAUUUGACAGGGUGGUAGAAGAUUUCCUUAGGAGGGGAGAAGCAUCCUGAAAAUUGCGUGGUGCCUGCCAGGUCAAAUGCAGUUGAUAGCAGUGAUUCUAACUUAAUGCUGCAUCCCGUUUGUUGUGUUCACAUUUCCCAUCAUGAGAGUGGAGCUCAGCUAUGGGGCUUUACUGUCUUUACCUCUUAUUAGAGGAGAAAGAAAACAAGCAAUAGUUGUAGAUUUUUUUUUUUUUUGCUUAUUUAUUUUUAUGUCUUUGUCUACAUCUGUUGGGUACCCAUGCUACCUAUGGGCAGCGUGGUCCCACUACAUCUGUGCCUUUUACCUGCUUUUGGCGGUGGUUUACAUGUCGUGGCAAAAGAUUUUGCCAGGCUGAUACAAGUUGAGCAGCAGAGGGCGUGAGCUGCCUGCACUUUAAGUAAUGGGUUUGUGUGUGAUGAGAGAAGCAAGAAGGGGGGAAAUCUAACAGUCCUGGAGAUUCCUCUUUUCUACGUACAUGUAAUACCUCAUUGAUAAUGAGCAAUUCAAGGUGCAUUACAAAUAUUAUUUAUUAGGGUACAUUUUAAAAAUUGGUGCUUAAAGAAAUGUAGAAAAAUAAAGUGUUUUAAAAGUCUGUUAAUUGCUGUAAUACCUCCAGACAGCACUGCUUUUGCAUCCUGCCAACUGCAGCUGGAUGCAGUUCUGCUCUUCUGAAAGCACCACUUUCAUAUUAAUUGUAAAUAGCUUUUUCAGGUCACUGGCUGACAAAAAUAGGACUUGUGUGAAUUCCUCUGCUCUGGACUUUCUGGAAUGGAUUGCUUUAUCCUCUACAACCUCUGCACUUGAGCCUGCAAGCCUGAAUUCUUCCUCUUGACAGCAUAAUGCUUCUGGUAACUGUUAGCAUUCUGCUAGACCUGUUGCUUUCCCCAUCCGCUGCUUGUUCUUAUCAGGCAAUGCGAUAGAAGAUAACGAAACAUCUGCUUACUGGUGUAAAACGUUAAGUCCUAGCAGCAUUGUUUGGAAGGAAUACUGUGGCUGAACAGCAAAAUUGUCUCUGUUAGCUUAGAGACCAGGCACUGCAGCACUCCAGGUCAACUGCAGGGAGCUGUAGUCUGAAGACACUGGUUAUCUUUGCAGAACUGCACUAGCAACAGAUUACAGACUGGCUCGCUGUGGGGUUGUGACAGCAACAGUGAAGUGGAACUGGCCACUAGGUGCUUAACUGGGAGUAACAAACUAAUUUGUUAUUCAGCUUUUCCAAACUGUCUCAUUACUUUCAACACAAUGUUUCAAAUGAUUUCAAGAGGAUCGGAGCUUCUUCUGAAUGUAGUGUCCUGUGAGGUCUUCCCAAGGCCAGUCAGCUAGAUGGUUGAAUUUCCUGAACCAAAUCAGAUGUUUAAAAAAAAAAAAAAAAGUUUGCUCUUUAAGAAAGCUAGGGCUUGUGAAAGGCAAAGAUGCCUGUAGAUGCAGCAGCCACACCUGUCUAAAAACAAGGCUGUCAUGAACAGUAAUCAUGAUGACUGCCAGAGUGGGUAUGUUUGCAAAGCUACUUGGCAAACACGAGUCCUAACUCCUAACCCUGUGCCUUCCCAGGCGCUGUGACAUGAUCACUAAAUACAAGCAGUGCCUUUUGGUGGGGCUGCCUAUUGCUCUGCCUGCCAGCCCCCAGAUGGGAUAUUGGAAAUGAUGGAGCAGUGUUCUGCAUUUUACCAUAGAAAUACACUUCAAAAGCGGUAGCAAGGGCAGCUCAAACGUCUUGUGGUCUGUGCUUCCUGUUUCUUGGAGGCUUCUCUGUGGAUUAUUUGCCAGUCAAAAUUAAACUGCAGAGCCCCAGCAGGUCAGCACGAGUUGAGGCACCUGCAUCUUUUGUAACAUCUGAGACUGACAGGGAAUUAAUUGCCUUAUGUUUGAGGUUGUUGCUGUUGCUGGCUGCCUUGGAGACACAGGCUGUACUUUCGUGCUGUUGAAACGUAAGUAACUCGCUUGACAGGCAGGCGAGGGAAACACUGCCUGCACUCCCAUAUUCCACAUCCCGCUCUCAGCGUGCAGCUUCUCCACUGCUCAGAACGAAUGCUUGCGUUGUGAGUCACUGCUCCAUUUAGGUAUGUUGCAAAUGACCUCUGAGAUCCCGUGCGUUUUGCCGCUCGUGUUGCGUGGCAUCCAGCCUUUCCUCUUUUUUAUCAACCCUAAAUGAAGCAGACAGCCUCCAGGUGAACCUCUGAGCAAAAUGGAGUUGUCAAUGUUAAUCCUUUGCAGAGGCAACUGGUCAUUAGAACACACAAACAAGUGAAAAUAGCAAAGACUUCAGAGGCUGGGGAUCCGCUCCCCCUGUCUGAGCACUUAGUUAAAACUACGGAAGAAAUGCUGGUUUCUGUUACUAGAGCAUAAAUGGUAACUGCUGCCGCUUCAGAAAGAAAUUAUCCAACUUGUUUAGAACCGAAAUACUAAAGUCUGCAGAUUUAAAAGGCAAUUGAAGCAGGAGAGACUUUACCAACAGACAGCAUGUUGGAGAUGCACAGCGUUUAAAAUGCAUGAGGCAUUUUAGUGUGCCAGACAUGUUUCCUCCCUUUAAUCUUAGGUGUUGAAAUACUUUUUUGUGUGUGUAUUAUCCUAAAAUCCUGGAAAACCAAACACGGCCUAGUGGGAAAAACUGGUACUAGCAAUGCAUAACUCAGGUUUCCGAGAAUCA